UUUCGCGUCGUACUCGUCGUAGUAAAACAGAAAAGCUUUCAGUCGAUUUUCGCAGCACCCGAGCACAGCGCGGAAAAUUCGCUCUCCGACACGCGACUGUCUACUACUUACUAGUUUUUUUAUAUUAUAUAUCAGACGGAAAUUCACUUUAAAAAAAGUAAAUCUUAAAAUUUUGUAAAACAAAAAGUGCAAUUAUUAAUUAAAUUGAUAUUGAUAUUGAUUCGAAUCAUUCCGAAAUUUAAUUUUUAAUCAUUGAAUGAUGUUUGAUGCAUCGACGCAGCGAGUUUAAUUUGGAUAUCGACGUCUUGCAUUAAAGAUUAAAUUUAUUUUUUAGGUUAGGACCAACCAUGAACACAACAUCUCCUAGAUCUUCCCUAGUCAAACUUGGUUUGUAUCCAAAACCAAAAUCUCUUAAAAUAAUGAUCCUGGGACAGGGAGGAGUUGGAAAAUCAGCUAUGGUGGUGAGAUUUAUAACUAAUCGUUAUAUUGGUGAAUACGAUCCGACAUUAGAGAAAAUCUACACUUUUCAUUCUGUGAUCGACAACGAAGUGAUUUACUUUGACAUUUUGGACAGUGCUGGCCAGUUAGAUGAAAGUGAGUCGUACUCAUUGGAAGCAAACAUCAGAUGGGCAGAAGCCUUCAUUUUAAUGUAUUCAGUCACAGAUAAAUGCUCAUUUGACGAAUGUUACCGCUUGAAAUUUCUUAUAAACUACAAUAAAAGAAGAAAACGUUUAGGAGGCGGAAGUACAUCCACAAAAGACAGUUGCCUGGAUGUUCCUGUUGUACUAGUCGGGAAUAAAAUAGAUCAAGUUGAAGAUAGGAUGAUUUCUUCUGAAGAGGGACAAAAGCGAAGUAAAGAGAUUGGAUGUGUUUGUUUUCAUGAGAUUUCUGUGAGGGAGAGCAUAGAACAGGUAUGGUCUGUAUUCAGGGACUGCACACGUUUUUGGCGUGUCCUGUCAAAAUGCCCCAACAAAUUGAAGCGUUCCUGCAGUGACAACAAAGAACCAAUGUCACCGGAAACAAUACGACUUUUAUGCUCGGCUGUAUCACCUAGUGGAAUGGGUUUUAAGUCAUCCAGUGGAGUUUUAGGAAGACGAUGGACUGAAGGUGAACUGGAGGAAGCUGAUGAAGAAGACAGCAACACAACAAAACAUGGUUCAAAUGAAGAAGGUGAGUUACCAUUUCGGGGACGUGCAUCCACCGAUGGACAUUUAAUGCAGAAGACGUGGAAGUGGAGAUAUCCACCGCCUACAUCCAAUCAACCACUGGGAUAUUAUCCAUCUAGAUCAGAGAGGAGGAUGAGUAUUUCCAUGAGGGGAAAUAAUAAUAGUUAUUGACUGCUGUGUGAUGUGUUUCGCUAUUAUUAUUUUCAAUGUGCUAAAUGUGCGUCAUUUCGAAAUGCUGUGAUUUACAUAAACAAUGAAUGUAUAAUACAAUAAAACAAUUGAAUCUUGCUAA